AUGACUGAUCUAGACUAAUCAAUAGAAGCAAGAAUAGAUAAAUUUGAAUCCGAUUUAAAUAGAGUGAGUUUAUAAUAGGAUGCUCUUCUCCCAUUAUUGUAGAUGAUUGAAUACAUCCCAUCAAUUCAAAGAACCGAAGCCAAUGUCAAAUAAGUUUAGAAAAAAGAAGAAGUUAAUGAAUAGAAAUAAGGAAGACUCGAAAGAUGUGCUGAAAGAAAAUUAAGAGAAAUAGAAUCAAUGCCCCAAAAACCCUAAUUAGAAGUUUAAUAGGUAGAUUAGAGAAUCAAGGAUUUGGAAUCUUCGAUUAAUUGUUUAUACAGGUGGUAUGAAGCAAAGUUAAGAGAAGGAUCUUAAUAAAUAGUUCGUAGCAUUGAUGAUAGAUUGGGAACUGAUCCAAAUGCAGAAUUUAAUGACUAAUUGUUAAUUGUAGUCAAUUAAACUAUCAAAAAUGCACUUGAUAAAAUGGGUGAAGAUUUUAGGGGACAACUUUGUGAAAUUAGAUAAAUGCUAUGA